CCCUUUGGUUGAUUAGUUGGUACUCGCCUGUGUAGAAGCUGCUUUUUGACUCUGUCCAAUCAUGUGGGAGUUCAGGUCCAUGUCUUUUUGGCGGGCGGUCUUCGCCGAGUUCUAUGGCACCAUGUUCUUUGUAUUCUUUGGGCUGGGUGCGGCCCUCCGCUGGACCACAGGGCCCCAUAACGUUCUUCAUGUUGCCUUUUGCUUUGGGCUGGCUGCUGCCACCUUCAUCCAGUCCAUCGGCCACAUCAGCGGAGGACACAUCAACCCUGCUGUCACCUUCGCCUACCUGAUCGGAUCCCAGAUGUCCCUGUUCCGGGCAUUCUUCUACAUCGUGGCCCAGUGUCUUGGAGCGCUGGCUGGUGCCGCUGUGCUGUAUGGAGUCACGCCUAACAACAUGAGGGGGAACCUGGCCCUGAAUACGCUGCAGCCAGGCAUCAGCCUUGGCAUGGCCACCACCAUCGAGAUCUUCCUCACCCUCCAGCUUGUCGUCUGCGUCUUUGCUGUGACGGAUGAGAGGCGCAACGGACGCCUGGGCUCGGCUGCCCUGGCUAUCGGCUUUUCUGUGCUCAUGGGACAUCUUCUCGGGAUGUACUACACAGGAGCAGGAAUGAAUCCAGCAAGGUCCUUUGCCCCUGCUGUCCUUGUCAGGAACUUUGUUAACCACUGGGUGUACUGGGUGGGACCCAUGAUCGGCGGGGCCAUAGGUGCUCUGCUUUAUGACUUCCUGCUGUUCCCCCGCAUGCGUGGUCUCUCUGAGAGGCUUGCUACACUGAAGGGCACCCGGACCCCGGAGGCUGAGGCCCAGCAGGAGACCAGGGGAGAGUCCAUUGAGCUGAAGACGCAGGCCCUAUAAAUCUGGAGAAUUUGCUUUCUGACCUCCAACCC